UCAGUGGUGUUACGAAUCACGGAGAGAAGAAAUGAGUUUUCAGAUAGAAUGAGAGUUUAUUUAUUACUUUCGUUUUCCAUUCGAUAAACAUGGUAGUUACAAUUACCAACAAUUCCGAAUUCUACGAUGAUCAUAGAAAAGUGUAGUUUCGCUUUUAUCAAACAGAGUUGUAGAUUUCUUACUAGUUGCAACUGACGGGUGAUAGACACUUUGUCACGUAACAAUGGCAAUAAGUUUGGAUAUCAAGCUCAAGAGAGCCAACAAAAUAUAUCACGAAGGGGAAAUAGUGUCGGGAAUAAUUCUGCUCAAAUGCAACUCUGACGUUAAACACGAUGGUAUUUUCCUAACUAUGGAAGGUUCGGUCAGCCUUCAGUUGAGCUCAAAAAAUGUUGGGAUAUUCGAGGCGUUUUACAACUCUGUCAAGCCGAUUCAGCUGGUGCAGUACACGCUGGACGUUGCCCCAGCAGGUAAAAUACCAAGUGGUAAAACUGAAAUUCCUUUUGAGUUGCCGCUGAAGCCCCGAGGCAACAAACCUUUGUACGAAACUUACCAUGGAGUAUUCGUCAGCAUUCAGUAUUUGGUUCGCUGCGAUAUCAAGCGCAGCUUCUUGGCAAAGGAUGUUAGCAAGUCUUUGGAAUUUAUCAUGGAGGAUAAGCCGCCGAAUUCACAAAUGCAAAAAGCUCACUCUAAAAUAGUAUUUUACAAAAUAACACCAGAGUCGCUUCAAAACAUCAGAGAAAGGACUGGCGUACCAAAAUUCUUGAUAUCUGGAAGACUUGACUCUGUCUGCUGUAAAUUGACUCAGCCCUUGACCGGAGAGGUGAUCAUUGAGCAUUGCGAAGUACCCAUAAAGUCGAUUGAGCUUCAGCUGGUGAGAGUGGAAACGUGUGGAUGUGCGGAGGGAUAUUCCAGAGAUGCUACAGAGAUACAAAAUAUACAAAUAGGAGAAGGUAACGUUUGCACUGGGCUAGCGAUACCAAUUUACAUGAUUUUCCCACGUCUGUUUACCUGUCCGACAUUGAAUACAAGUAAUUUCAAAGUUGAGUUCGAAGUAAACCUAAUCGUCGUAUUUGAGGACGACUAUUUGGUCACAGAAAACUUUCCAAUCACUCUAACAAGGCACUAAACGUGCGUUACCAACUAUCACAGUAUGAAUCUGAUGAUUUUCAUCUAUAAUUAUUAUAUCAAUGUAAAUAAUUAAAAAACUGCUCAAAUAAUACUUAAAAAAAUCAUAUUUUCGCACGACUACCGUUAAUCGAUUUGCUUUGAAUGAUGUGUGUGACUCUGGGAGUAUUCGUAGUGCUGCUGCAAGUUGCUUAUAAUCACCACUAAUAUCAAAGUAGUGUAAACGUUGCGAACCAAAAUUUUGCUUCUGGUUUUCUUGACAAAUUUGUAGAUAUUAUGGUCUUCGAUUGCCUUUUGCAGGUACAGACCCUCAGAUUGAUUUUGACCCAUUUAAGGCCAACAGUGUAGUCUGCUACCGCCUGUUUAAUAUAGGAGACAGACACCAUCGGUGACCUUGUAUGGGUCAGAAUCGAUUUAAGGGUCUGUACUUACAAAUGCAUGUGAAAAAAAUUGAAUUUCAUACUAACGACAGUCUGGAUGAUAAGCUUUGGGAAUCGUUAAAGUAUGGUGUGAUAAAUCUCAACCUAGUCGACUACUGGAAUCCAACUUUUUGGAUAAACAGUCUGCAAUACUUUUCAACGUACUUGUUGUGAGUCAGCCCGACAGAUGCCAACAGAACCACAUAGCCAAGAACAAAAGUGAGCAGCUUGUGCCUUCUGAACCAGGCAACCAAUCCUCGUCCUUCCUUGUGCCUGAAAGCAGCAGCAAAGAAUGAAUAAAAAAUAUCUGAUCCAUCUCUGAGAAACUGCUUGGAUUUUCGUCAUUGAUCAUGCACAGAAACCAUUGAUAAGUGUCAGAAUGUUGCUAAGACGACAAAAUAGAUUGGAUGGAACGCCAAAACCAUAUUUGUCUCUACACACUAGACUGCAAAAAAGUUUUUUUCGUCGUUUCCAUUUACCUUGAGGAAGAAAACUCUUGGCUAUAAACCAGCAGGUAUCUGAUACGAACUAAAUCGCUAUUUACAACGAGAUAGUACUUGUUUGGAACUUUGCCACUCAUUGCAUCGAAUACAGUAUUUCUUGCUGCAUCCUCUGAAUAAGAAAAAAAAUUAGGGCUGAAACUAUUAUGUUCAAAAACGAGAUGCCCUGAAUUAGACAAAUUAUUCUUCACCUGAGUCCCCUCUUUUCAUGUCGGGGUGAUUGAUGAGCUCACACAAAGCGACGCAGCUUAAUUGACUGCCAUGCAUGCUGCCGCCCCAUCCGUAUCCAACAGGACUGUAAGGCAAGCUGACACCCAGUUCGCUAGAGAAGUAGAUGCCUGUGCCGUAGAGAGAUCUCUGGAUAGUAUAACAAAAGCAAUGAAAUAAACAUCAAAAAUGAUGCGAGUGUUUGAAGUAGAAUAAUCAUGCCAACCUUGCACAUGUUCUGCUGUAAGCCGUAGUGGAUUAUUGAGUGGAAAUUCUCCAGUCGACUGCCGUGGUAAGCGUAAAGGGUCGUGUGUCCCUGGGCAGCUGUUCUCCACCUCUCCUCAAACGGGGACUGCUUGGUGCUUGCAACUUGGAAUAUUAGAUUAGGAGGUGCCACUGCCAUUUCAGAGGGAACACGCUUCAGCACAGAGUCAUACUGCAACAUCAUUGUCGGCGAA